CACGCCAACAGGGCACAGCAGCAGUGGCAGAGAGGUCCGCUGCUCUCUGCCCAAUGGAACCUCCAGAGGCUGAUCUCACCCCACGUGGAGUCAUUUGGGAAUCUGAGAGCAACUCGAGUUCGGAGGAAGAUGCGGAUGGCCAGGAGACCCAGAUUUUUCAGGAAAUGGCUGAAACCAAGGAAAAAAUUGCAGAAAUUGAGCAAGCUUCUCAAGCCCUCUUAGCCGAGUUGUCCGCCAUGGAAGUGGAGUACGAAAUUGAGAAGAAGUGCCGAGAGCGGGCAGAAGCCUUUGCCAUCCAGGUGAGCCGGGAGAAUGUGAAGCUGAAGCAGAUCAGCGGAGCUCAGAUGCCCGGGCUGGGCCUCCCCUGGGGGGACUUUGCGAGCGGGGGCAGCGCAGAGAAGGACGCUCAGGAGUCAGCCCUGGACCCCAUGGGCCAAUGCCUUCAGCAGAUCAAAGACCUUCAACUCAAGGUGUCUUGGCUGCUGGAGGAGAAGAAAGAAUUGGCUGCCCAAGUGAAGGACCUCCAGUCUCACGUGGAAAAGCUCCAGGAUCAGCUAGAAGAGGAGCGUGCCGAGAAGCAGUCCCUGAGAGUUUUGAAGGAACACAACCAGAAGAUUUUGAAGAGGGUCAAGCAAGCGUCCCGCUUGGUCACCGAGGAGUAUGGCAAGAUGUCGCUGCAGUUGGAUCUGGAGGAGAAACUGAGGCAGCAAGCAGAAACCUUUGCUCAUCAGAUGCUGGUGAAGCAGAAAGAGGCCAAUCAACAGAGCCUGAUUCUGAUGCAGUCUGUAGGAGUGGACGGUCAGCUUCUUCUGGCCUUGGAGGAAGUGGCCAAGGUGACAGGGCAGCUGGAGAAAGCCAAGCUGGAGCACGAGGCCAAGGUGAAGGAUCUGGAGGCCCAGUUGGUGGAACGGCCACCGCCAGAAGAGCUGGCCAAGUUGCAGGCUGCCCUGACCACAGCAGAGGAAGGGAAGGCCUGCCUGGAAGAGCAACUGCUCCGGGCAGAGGAGAAGUGCGCAGCCCUGGAGCAAAAAGGUCAGAGGUUUUCGAUGCAGGCACUGCCUCGUUCAUUAAAGCCUGUGGCGGGCGGUUGGUCCAGACCUGGCUCCUGCUUAGAAGGCACCAUCGGUUUUCACCUGAUCACUAUUUGGUCUCUAGCAAGUGGGACUGUAGGAAGGUCAAAAAACCCUCUGCCGCCUCCUACCUCGCCUGCAAAGAUGGACCCUCUGAUGGCCCUCCGAGAGAGGAAGGGCACGCAGCGUCCGAAAAAGGGGGACCUCUGUUCUGACGAUGCCACAGCCAGAGCCGUGGAGGAAAUGAUGGUGCGGAUCAAGAGCGGAGUGGUGCUGCGGCCAGUGAGAAGGGAGGCCGGGUCCUUGUCCCAGCCGUCGUCUGCUGCGGCGAGCAAGCGCAGGAGCACCGCAAUGGAACUGCAGGGCCUCCUGAGUGCCACAAGGAGGCCAGGCUGCCGAUCCAGCCGACGCAAGGGCAGCCAGAAGAAGCUCCAGGUGGACAACCAGCUGGAGUUGCUCUUGCAGAGGCGGCGGCAGAUAGUCGACCGCCCAGCCCAGACGCCGGCCCUGCCAGAGCCAUCUGCCCCAGCUGCAGACCAGAGGCUCCUGGCUUAUGGCCCCAGGGCGAGGGAGGGAGACCACGCAGCUUCAGCAACACGCUCCUAAGGAACCACCAUCCCAGCGGGUCAGACUCCAUGGAAAUCAGCAAAGAUCUAUCAGGUGAUUCCGACGAGCCUGCCGCAGAAGCCCCCCUGCAUCCCAGACCGAAGACCCCCGCCGUGGCUUGGCUUUAGCCAAGGGCACACCCUUCUGGCCAGCCAAAGGACCUGCCCCCACCAGGAGCCUCGCUCUACACAGGGGAGCAGCUGGGCAGUCUUCCUGCUGCCAGGAUCCACUUCCCACCCCAGUCCGCGAACGGCUGAGCCCCUCGCAGAAGCAAAGCCCGAGGUCCUGCUGGUUCCACAGCUGAAACGACAGAUGUGCCUAUCAAGGAAUCCAGUGCUGGCUUCCAUCGUUUCAGCAGAACGUGCACAUGAGAACUUCCUCCUCCUGGGCUUGGAACAGUCAGCUCCCUUUCUGGAUGGGAAGAUUUUGUUCGUGCAUGAUGCACCAUUGCUAUGAACUGCCAGACACCCAUGAAAAAUUCAAGAGACACUAACACAGCCGCUCCGUGGGCUGUGAAAAGCUAUGAUCUCACCCUCACAUUCCUCUAACUGCAGCAGAAACAUGCUCCACUGGUCACUUUUUUCCACCUGUCUCUGCAGCUUAAAAUUGUUUCUUGCCAGUUUUCAAGUGGUGUUUUCCCUCUCGUAUCCCUCCGUAAGCCCUCGAGUCGCAUGCUUUGUUGCAAGGGUGCUCAAACUGUUUAAAAAAGAGGAAAGCGCUCGUCUUAUGCUGCCUCCCGGGGGGUUGAUUUCAAUCAGGAAGGAAUCACAGCAUCCUAGGCUUGGAUGGGAUCUUUCGAGGCCCUCCAGCCCAACCCGUGCCCUGGGCAGGAAUCCUCCUGGGCCGUCCAGCCUUUCCUUGAAGACUCCAGCGAUGGAGCGCCCGGACUCCAGGCGGCGGUUGUGCCCUGCUCCCUCGGCCAGCUGGGUUCUGCCACCAUCUGUCCCAAAUAAUGUUUUUCUCACUGCUUUUCCUGAAAGGGGCUUUAUGCGGCCAUUCCUCUGACCAUUCCAUUACGAGGGGGCAUGGCCAG